UGAUUUAUCUCCCUUACACUGCUUUAAAUUAUGUUUUGUACUAAAGUAUUUGUCCAUUAACCAGGACAACCUUAUUUUCCCCCCUUUUUUGCCCCUAAUUCCUAAACGGUUUGAGCCAUAACCCCCCUAAGCAAAUCCUAACCAUCCCUUUGUGGUAUGGAAACUUGUAGUAUAAUUUCAGAGAGAUCCAUACACCGUUCCACAGUGACUGUCUGUAAACUAGAAAAUUCUUAUUUUUGGCCCCUAAUUCCUUAACUGUUGGUACCAUAACCCCCAAAAUCAAUCCCCACCUUCCUUUUGUGGUAUUGAACCUUAUGCUAAAAUUUCAAAGAGAUCCAUUCACUUAAACUAAAGUUAGAGUGCGAAAACCAAUGUGUCUUCGGACGACGAUGCCGGACGACGACAACGACGCCAAUGUCAUACCAAUAUACGACCGCAAAAAUUUUUUGCGGUCGUAUAAAAAUUGCAAAAUUUUUAGUUUCCGUUCUGUAACUUAAGUUUGCCUCAACCAAAUGUUAUAUGAAACUUAUACACAAUGCUUAUUACCAAAAAACACAGAUCAAGUUUGAAUUUUGGUGGCGUCACUUUAACCGUUCUAGAGUAAUGCCCCUUUAUAAAUGGAAAAAUUGCAAAACUUUUAUUUUCUUCUAAAUAUCAAGUAAUUUUUAAAAUUGGAGUUAUCUUCCUUUGUCCAUGAUUAUAGUUGAAUUAACAACAAUCAAUGCUUUAUACAAUGCAAUGUUUAAUUUUGACUUCCACUGAUAAAACACAGAUCAAGUUGAAUUUGGGUAGUGUCACUUUAACCAUUAUUGAGUUAUGCCCUUUAUAAAUUGAAAGAUUGCAAAAUUUUUAGUUUCCAUUCUGUAACUUAAGUUUGCCCCAACCAAACAUUAUGAAACCUAUACACAAUAUUCAUUACCACAAAACUAAGAUCAAGUACACAUUUUUUGUUUCCAUUUUCUAACUUUAGUUUGCCUCAACCAAAUGUUAUGAAACUUAUACACAAUGCUUAUUACUACAUAAUACAGAUUAAGUACGAAAUUUGGUGGCGACACUUUUACCAUUCUUGAGUAAUGUCCCUUUAUAAACAUAAAAAUUGCUGAAUUUUUCGUUUCCGUUCUCUAACUUUAGUUUGUCUCAACCAAAUGUUAUAAAACUUAUACACAACUGUUCUAGAGUUAUGCGUGUUUACAAAUAGAAAAAUUGCUGAAUUUUGAGUUUCUGUUCUCUAUUUAAGUUAGCCUCAACCAAAUUUUAUGAGACUUACACACAAUGCUUAUUACCACAAAACUCAGAUCAAGUUCAAAUUUGGGUAGCGUCACUUUUACUGUUCUUCAGUUAUGUCCCUUUAUAACUAUAUAAUAUGCAAGCUGGGGCAUCAUCUGUGUCCACAUGUGGACACUAUCCACAUAUAUUUUAUUUAUGGUGAAAGAUUCAUAUGUAAUACUUAAUUGAUAAGAAUUGUUAAAAAUAUCUAUACAAAAUGUAUAUAAUUGAGCAUUUUUUCCUAUUGAUGUUAACGUUAUUUUAUGAAAAUCAUUUGUAGGUUUUUAAUUAGCAAAAUGAAGUGUAUAGGCUGUACAUUUGAUCUGGCACCAAAAGAUAAUUUUUGUGGAAAUUGCAGACUAAAAGUGGAAAUAGAUCAUCAUGGAGACCACUUAAAGAAAUGUCCUAGUUGUGAAUCACUUCAAAAACUUUCACAAAAGUAUUGCAGUGGCUGUGCAUAUGAGAUGCCAGUGGACAAAAAAAUUGGAAAUAGUGUUGAGAACAGUACAGUGAAUGAUGAAUUAAAUGGUAAUGAAAAUCAACCACCUACAUUUAUGUAUCCAGGUAGUCCCAAAAGAAAAAAGAUUGAACACAGAGAUUUAAAGUUUGAAGAAGCUGUACCAGUAAGAGGAUUAGUUGUAAUCUGCACACAUACUACUUUUAAAGGACAUCCAACUCAUGGCCUGAAUGAAAGACAAGGUGGUAGUUACGAUGAAACAAUGAUGGAGAACACUUGGAAGAUGUAUGAUGACUGUGAUGUUCUUACAUUUAAAGAUAAAACAAAUUUCUUUUAUACAGAAGAAUUACAAGUAAAAAUACAAGAAAAGUUGAAGUUCAAACAGAAUGUUAAGUAUUUUGUAUUUGUUUUGAGCACCCAUGGAGAUGAAAGACAAGUGGCAGGAAUGCAUUAUGAGCAUUACUUUUACACUAAAGAUGGCCAGCUUAGAACUCAAGACUUAAUGGAAAAGAUAAAUGCUAUAAGUGGACUAAAUGGGAGAAUGAAGCUGUUUUUCAUACAGGCUUGCAGGAGUAGAGCAACCAAUACAGAAGAUGAUAAUAAAGACUUAGGAGUCAGCAUACCAAUUACAUCAGCAAAAAGCAAAAGAACAAUAAGACAACGAAGUAAGAGUACUGAUUAUCAAGAUGCUAAAGGCUACAUGCCAUCAGAAAAAGAUGACAAUAAGGCAAAAGGCAACAUACCAACAUUUGAAACAGAUGACUUCUCUACCCAAAAGACAAAAGGCAACAUACCAACAUCAGAAAAAGAUGACUACUUUUCCAGUAAGACAAAAGGCAACGUGCCAACAUUUGAAACAGAAAAAACAGAAGGUUAUGAUUGUCCAGAUGCAAUAGCCUGUAUGCAUUCACCUAUGGAAGAAGAUGAUGAGAAUAAAGACGCUGAACCUGAGACAGAGAUUCCACACUGUGUUGAAGACGCUGAACCUAUGAUUCCACAUAGUGAGGAUUGUGUAGUGGUAUUUGGUUCUAUGGCUGGAAAAGAAACUUACAGUACGAUUUAUAGUGCAGAUCGUGGAGGAGGUUGGAUGAUUAGAGCAUUGCAUUCUACCUUAAUAUCAUACAAAGGAGACAAUGUUCACAUAUUUGACAUACUUACAGAAGUUAAUAGGACAGUUGGCAUGCGUAAUUUUUCAGAAUCUAAAUGUUUUAAAGCACAGUCCUGUUUUUUUCACAAUUUGGCCCUUGACGAUGAGGACAUGACCCUGUAUAAGACAAAGAAGAAAGAAGAAGUUGAAUGAAAGAAAGAAUUUUAUUCUUUAUUUUAAUUUGAUUUUUAUUAUAUCACCCUUUGUGAAAUGGUUCCCAUAAAACAUGCCCAAUAACAAAUGCUAAAUCAAAGAAAGGGAGAGAAUUUACCAUGGCAAAAAGAUAAAUAUGAAAGACAAGUUACCAGUGAAUUUUUGGAUUUGACUUAUGUACAUAGUUACUGUGUAGUACUUUAUUUUUACAGACUUUUUUGUAGUACUUUAUUUUCACAGACUUUUGUGUAGUACUUUAUUUUCACAGACUUUUGUGUAAUACUUUAUUUUCAAAGAGUUUAAAUUUGGCAAUUUGUAAUGCAAAACUUGUUCAUGAGGUUUUAUUUUAGUGUUUUUCUUUGUCCAUGAUUCUAAUCUUCUUUAAAGGACAAAUUUAUGUAAUGGGAUAUUUUUGUUAUUUUAUUUUAAGGCCAAGGAACAGUAAUUGGGCUAUGUCACAGAUUUUGUUAAAAUUUUCCAUACAGCUUUGGCUCCUUGAACUAUAACUGAAAAUUGAAAAAUAAUGCCUUUAUCUAUUCUAUUUUCUGAAAUAUGAGUGAUUGAAUUCUUCAAAGUAGGUGACCAUUUGUAUAGAAAGCACAUAAAACGGUCUUAAAUUUGUCUUAAAAUCAACAAAUCUCCAAUUUCGAACACAGACUUUUUUUUAAAAAACUAUAUGUUGUUGAUACUUAAAUUUCUGUUUUAAUGAUAUAAAAUAAUCAUAUGGUCACUGACUUAGUUUUUUGUGUAUUAACCAAAUUGUUACCUUGUUGGUAGUGAAAAUUGUCAAAAAUCAACAUUUUAAGGCUUACAAUGUGAUGACGUUAUGAUUAUUUUGACGUUUUGUCAUAUUUUUUAACAUAGAACACUACUUUGAAUGAUAUAAACUCACAGGCACUUGUCUCUGAAAAAAAUUCCUAUAUAUACGGAAACGGAGGUUGACUGAAAAUUUUGAGGACGGAUCCACUUAUUUGCGCCACGUUUACAUUAUACGUUGUGUAUGGUGCAAAUACGCUACAGAAUCGAGCAACUGGUGUCUUCUUUAUUAUAUGGCAGAUAAAACAACAAAAAUAAAUGAAGAUUAAAAGUUGUUUUUAUUCAAAAUUCAACACAAAUACAAUAAUUUACACCUUUUACCUGUUAAUUACCUGAAAAUGCAGGUAGCUUGAUGAAAAUGUUUCUAAAAUAAUUGCAUAACAUAACAGUUCAUGCUCUCCUGAGCAUUUUUCAUGCACUAAUUUGUCUAUCUCUAAUAAUAAAAAAGAUUAUUAACAGCAGUCUGAAAAGGAAUAUACUGUUCUAAUGAAUGAACACAAAAAAAAAUGCAGCAGCAGCAGCCAUUUUUCUAUUUUUUUGUGUAGCGUUGAAAGGGUUAAUGACUUUCAACAUAUAAUGACCAGCAAAGCAGGAAAGACAUCUCAGUCUGUAUAAAUAAAUUUCCUUUUUUUGUACCUGAACUGAAUGUAAUUUUUCAGAACUUUUCUCAAUAUGUAGGAAAGCUUGAUAUUUUUAAAAUAACAGUAAUUCACACAAAUUUAGGCAAUUUUCCUGGUAAUGCAUUAUGUGCUUUGAAAAAUGCCUGUACUAAGUAUGGAAUAUGACACUUGUUUUUCAUUCGUACUGUAGGUUGAUAUUAUAGUUGAGCAUUUGAUUAUGUCAGUUUUUAUGGACUCCCCCCUUUUUGAAUUUACCUUGGAGUUUGGUAUUUUUGUAAAUACUUUUUUUAUAUGUACAUUUCAAAAAGAUUUUUUUGAUCAGUAGUUACCAAAGUUAAUUCGUACCACAUUUAUUUAUUAUUAUAUAAACUGUUUAUCCCUACUUUCAUAAUGAAUUGGCUGUCUAUUAAUAUUGCUCUCAUUGUUCUGACAUCACUAGUUAUCUUACUAUAAUAAAUACCAUUACAAUUAUA